AUGGAUAAUAAGAAGUCAAAUGAAGACCUUUUGGGAGAACACAACUCUACAUCAGUUAUAGAGUGUGCAGCGCGUUGCCAAAGAGAGUGUAAUUUCUAUGGGUUUAAUCCACAGACGAAUAAAUGUCGGACCCACACGAAAGUUUUUAAGUCGGGGAUGUUAAAUGAGGGUGGUUGGAGAUACUACUCACAUGUCUUUAUUCCCGUAGACUGUAAGGAUCUUCAAUUAGACGGAUACUUUAAUUCAGGGGUGUAUGAAAUCUACCCCAAUGGAACCAUCACCAGUCCUGUCCAGGCAUACUGCGAUAUGACCAUAAUGGGCGGGGGAUGGACGGCAAUCCAAAAACGAAUUUCUGGAUCCCUGGAGUUUAACAGGAACUGGACGGAAUAUAAAAAUGGAUUUGGUUCACCGGUACAGGAUGUCUGGGUUGGAAAUGACGUAAUCCAUCAAUUAACAAAAGAAAACAACCCGGCCCUUUAUGUGUCCAUCACUCUCCAGAAUGGAACAACGCUUUAUGAAAUGUACGACCGAUUUUUUGUCUCCGACGAAGCAGGAAAAUAUCAACUCUUUCUUGCAGGACCUGCCACGGGAACUUUAGGUGACGCUAUGUUAGACACCCGCCAUUCUUCCUCCAGUCUGUCUGGGAUGUACUUCAGUACCCCAGAUAGAGAUAACGACGGGGCUAGUGGAUUUAACUGUGCUGCUUACAGUGAAAUAAGAGGAGGCUGGUGGUUUAAUUACUGUCACAUGGCCUUCCUUAAUGGCCCAUGGUCCCCGCAGUCCUGGAUCAACCCAUGGUCUCCCACAGUACAGAGUGGGACAUCAGUGAAGGGGACCACCAUGAUGGUUAGACGGCACUAGACGAAAGAUCAACCAUGGUUUUGGCAAACCCUCAAGAGAAGAUUUUAAAUUAAUUUUAUCGCUGAGUUCUUUUUUUUAAAUAUUUAACAUCAAGUAAAAACAUGUAAACAGAUAUGUUUUCGGUAAAGGAAGGGGGUUGAGCUGUUCUGUUUUA